AUGAAUGAUAUUACAAUUGAUCUGGCCAAUAAACAAAUUAAGAAGAAGUACGUUUAUGGUUAUGAUUUAUACAGUGAUUCUGUACGCAAGUACUAUCCUGUAAAUGAUAUCAGGACGGCAAAAAACGCUAUACUGAAUAAUAUACACGACUAUUUGGAUCAUUUGGGCGAAUUUGAGACGAAUUAUAACUAUAAGAAGGAGAGGAUAACAUUAUAUUUAUCUAUUGUCGUGACUGUUUUGAUUGACUCCGUUUUACUUAUUGGAAAGGAUUUUCUUAAGCCCUAUCCUCGGACAACAUACAUGCUAAUGGGUAUUGCGGGCCUUUUUUGUUUGAUUGCUUGCCUUCUCGAAUCUUCACAAGCUUCAGAUCGCGUAGUGUUCACGGCUGCAGGAUCUUCUUUCCGUGGUAAUGACACGCGCAGGAGGGAUUAUCUUCGUGCUUUGAGAGGGCGUAAAAUUUGUGUUCGGGUUAAUGAGGUUCCAAACUCGACAAGGGUAACUAUUGAGGCUCAACUGGUGGGGCCUUCUCGUCCGUUUGCCGCUUCAUCCGUUUACUAUUCGGUUUUUAAAGAGGUUUCAUACGGUAGGUAUUUUAGCAAGGAUGGCUUUUUUUAUCCACCACCUAUGGUGGAGGACGUUGACAUGCUUCUUAGGUCACUAAAUUCUAGCUUGCCGAAGAAAAGACAAUGA